GGUGACACGCUCAAGUCUGCGGCGAUAAAAACGAACGGCGACGAGGCGCGCAGGAGAGCGCAGGAGAGUGGACAUCAGCGAGCUUCCACUUGGUGCUGGAUGCGCCUCUGCGAGUCUUAACGCGGCUGGAAGUAUCUAUCCAACACCCGAGGGACCCGGUGAAGAAUGGAGUGGUAUGUCCUGGUCCUGGUACUGAUCCUGAGCUUGCCGCCCUCCAUACGUUCAGACUGCUCUUCACAGUGCCAGAAAUGUGUGCAGCAAAUCCUCAGCCCAGACGCCGCCUUCAGCAGCCUGUCGUGCGGUGCGGAGUGUGACGGGCAGCUGGAGACCUGCGGCCAGGCGCCGGGGCUGGCGGACUUCAGCCAGGAUGAAGGCGCGGCGGAGGAGGAGAGCCAGAAGGCGGAGCUGGUCAAGCGCUACGGGGGCUUCAUCAAGAGGAUCAACAAGAACAAGAUCUUUACGUCGCCGUGGCGCGAGAACUACGUCCUGAAGGCGGGAGCGCUGCCCAAGAAGUACGAGGACUUGUUGAAGAGGCUGGAGGAGAGGGACGCGGACGCGUCGGAGGACGCGGACGACGCCCCGGAGUACCCGAUGCUCCGCCACUACACUAAACGUUACGGCGGCUUUUUACGCAAAUUUGGCCCCAAGUUGAGGAGGAGUAGCUCCGCGGAGCAGGAGAGCGAGGAGCCCGAGGAGCUGCAGAAGCGCUACGGGGGCUUCAUGAGGAGGAUCCGGCCGAAGUUGAACAACCUGAAGUGGGACAAGCGGUACGGGGGCUUUCUGCGGCGCCACUUCAAAAUCUCCGUGCGCUCGGUCGAGGAGCCGUAUUACUCCUACGACGACACGAGCCUAUAGACGAACCCUGCGGAGACAGGAACACUAGAAGGAGCUCACCCGCCACCAUCCAUCUACUAGUAUCAUAUGCCUGCCUCUCCUGCUUACAGCCCACUCAGUCGGCUUCUGUGUAACGACCCCACAUCUCUGUGUUAUUGACAUUAUAGUCUCUUUCAAUAAAGGAUGCUUGUUUAAUAAAACCA